AUGGCUUUAAAAAUGGAACCAAAGAAUGACCUUGAUUUCAUCAUGAAGAAUUUGUUAGCUGGAGGAGUGGCUGGCAUGUGUGCAAAAACUGCAGUGGCUCCGCUUGACCGAAUCAAGAUUCUCCUCCAAGCUCAAUCCGUGCAUUAUAAACACCAUGGGGUGUUUGGUGGAUUGUCAGCCAUUGUCCGUCAAGAGUCUCUCUUUGCUUUGUACAAGGGAAAUGGUGCUCAAAUGGUUCGGAUAUUUCCCUAUGCAGCCACACAGUUUACAAGUUUCGAAAUAUACAAGAAGUACCUAAGUGUACUGAACAUCCCGAUGGUGCGGCACGGAGAUAAGUUCAUAGCGGGCGCGGCGGCCGGGGUGACGGCCGUCACGCUCACCUACCCCCUGGAUACAAUUCGCGCGCGGCUCGCCUUCCAGAUCACUGGCGAACAUCGGUACACCGGCAUCGCGCAUACCGCCGUCACUAUGUUCCGUACGGAGGGCGGUAUCCGUGCUCUAUAUCGCGGCUUCGUACCAACGAUGGUGGGCAUGAUCCCAUACGCCGGCUUCAGUUUCUACUGCUUCGAAUCUCUCAAGUACCUAUGCAUGAAGUACUUACCCACUACACUGUGCCGCAAGUGUGAAAGAAACACAGGCGGGCUGGUGCUGACGGUGCCGGGCAAGCUGGUGUGCGGCGGGCUGGCGGGCGCCGCGGCGCAGUCCGUGUCGUACCCGCUCGACGUCACGCGCCGCAGGAUGCAGCUCGCCUGCAUGGACCCCAACACCGCCAAGUUCGGUGCGGGAAUGAUCAAAACACUUACCCUAAUAUACCGCGAGAACGGAAUAACGAAGGGUUUGUAUCGGGGGAUGAGCAUCAACUACCUCAGAGCGAUACCCAUGGUGGCCACUUCCUUCUCCACUUAUGAACUCAUGAAGCAACUUCUUCACUUGGACACCGGCAUGAAGGUCGCGUAA